AUGCUAUUAUGAUGCUAAUCAAUCUAUGUAUGUGUUUGGAGGCUGUACCCAGAGCAGCUGCAAUGCUGCUUUUAAUGACCUCUGGAGACUUGACCUAAAUAGCAAAGAGUGGAUCCGGCCUUUGGCUUCAGGGUCCUAUCCUUCCCCCAAAGCUGGAGCAACUCUGGUCGUGUACAAGGACUUGCUAGUGCUAUUUGGAGGCUGGACGCGGCCAAGCCCUUAUCCCCUACACCAACCAGAGAGAUUCUUUGAUGAAAUACACACUUACUCACCUUCUAAAAACUGGUGGAACUGCAUUGUAACAACCCAUGGGCCACCUCCUAUGGCUGGUCAUUCCUCUUGUGUGAUAGAUGAUAAAAUGAUUGUUUUUGGUGGCUCUUUGGGAUCCCGGCAAAUGAGCAACGAUGUCUGGGUCCUUGACCUCGAGCAGUGGGCGUGGUCCAAGCCGAACAUCUCCGGCCCCAGUCCUCAUCCUCGGGGUGGCCAAUCUCAGAUUGUCAUAGAUGAUGCAACCAUCUUAAUCCUUGGAGGGUGUGGCGGUCCCAAUGCUCUGUUCAAGGAUGCUUGGUUGCUGCACAUGCACUCAGGUCCUUGGGCCUGGCAGCCACUCAAGGUAGAAAAUGAAGAUCAUGGGGCCCCAGAGCUGUGGUGCCAUCCAGCUUGCCGGGUGGGACAGUGUGUGGUGGUCUUCAGCCAGGCUCCCAGUGGGAGAGCUCCACUCAGCCCCAGUCUGAACUCUCGCCCCUCACCUAUCAGUGCCACUCCUCCAGCCCUGGUUCCCGAAACCCGAGAGUACCGCUCUCAGUCUCCAGUAAGGAGUAUGGAUGAAGCUCCGUGUGUGAACGGCCGCUGGGGAACACUGAGGCCCAGGGCUCAACGACAGACUCCCUCAGGUUCUCGGGAAGGGAGCCUCUCCCCAGCCAGAGGAGAUGGCUCUCCUAUCCUGAAUGGUGGGAGUUUAUCCCCAGGGACAGCAGCUGUUGGGGGCUCUUCCUUGGACAGCCCUGUGCAGGCCAUAUCGCCCAGCACUCCAUCUGCCUCUGAAGGAUAUGACCUAAAAAUGGGACUUUCUUUGGCCUCCCGACGAGGGUCACUACCAGAUCAAAAAGAUCUGAGAUUAGGAUCAAUAGAUCUGAACUGGGAACUGAAACCUGCUUCCAGUAGCAAUCCUGUGGAUGGGGUGGAUAGCAGGACAGUUGGGGGGAGUGUAAGACACCCUCCUGAGCAGAUGAACGGUGUGCACACCCCACCACAUGUGGCCAGUGCCCUUGCAGGGGCCGUCUCCCCAGGCGCCCUGCGUCGGAGCCUGGAAGCCAUCAAAGCAAUGUCAUCCAAAGGCUCCUCAGCCUCCGCAGCACUAAGUCCGCCUCUCGGGUCUUCUCCAGGCUCCCCUGGGAGCCAGAGCCUGAGCAGUGGAGAAACAGUACCUAUCCCGCGCCCAGGGCCUGCCCAAGGAGAUGGACACUCUCUGCCUCCUAUUGCCCGCCGCCUAGGCCACCACCCUCCACAGUCCCUAAAUGUCGGCAAACCCCUAUACCAGAGUAUGAACUGCAAGCCCAUGCAGAUGUACGUGCUGGACAUCAAAGACACCAAGGAGAAGGGGCGGGUCAAGUGGAAAGUAUUUAAUAGCAGUUCUGUGGUUGGACCUCCUGAGACGAGUCUGCACACCGUGGUGCAAGGCCGGGGUGAACUUAUCAUAUUUGGAGGGCUCAUGGACAAGAAACAGAAUGUGAAGUACUAUCCGAAAACCAACGCCUUGUACUUUGUGCGAGCAAAGAGAUAAUGUGUUCUAACCCCCCUUCCCUUUCUGUGGCUUUUAAUUUGGAAUUUUCCAGUGUGCAGGCAUUUGGAUUGAGAAUUGGGGAAAACAACAGAAGUACUCCCAUAAACCAAAACUCCAAUUACCAACCUAACUCAGUCCAGGCUGGGAUCAAAUCUCCAUUAGAGAAAAAGAAAAAAAGAAAAAGAAAAAAAAUUAUAUAUAUAAGAAUAUAUAUAUACAUACAUAUAUAUAUAUAUAUAUUAUAUAGCCAACUGUUUACAAAUGGGAGCAAUCUCCAUCCCAGCUCAGAAAAAUUGUUGCUGUGUUUUAGCAGAGGCUGUCCUGCCUUUUUCUACUUUACUGAUAACUAGACCAUAAAGUUAGGGAACAGAUUAACUAAUAUCUGUAACUUUCCAAAAGAAACCGAAGAGCCCCCCGUAAAUCUGUACGUGGCCUUCUCGGAAUUAGAAAACAAACAGAAACUAUACGAUGCAAAGGGGGAGGUUUUCAGACACACAUGCUUCAGGUGCUGGCAGGGUAGAAGGAACUUAGCAAAAACCGUUCUUCCCUUUCUCUUCUUAAAGCUGUAGAGGCCCCGGGACAAGUCUGCAGAAAUGCCCUGUGCCCGACCCUUUCCACUCUUGAUGACUGAAGAAGAGUUACCGUCAAGGGGUUUUGUUCCACGUGUGUGUGCCAGGAUCGUUGAGAAGUAACGUUCAUGCG